AUGGCCGCUGCAGAUCCAACCCCCAUCCCACGCAGACCCAUCCAGCAACCCACGCCGAGCAAGAUCCAGCAGCCAACGCCGCAACGCCUCGACAAGGCGCCUCCAUCCGCUUCAGGUGCUGGAAAGGUAGUUCAGCCUACACCACAGGCUCUGCCGCAGAAACAGUCCGGUUCGACCAUUCUCGUAUCACCGCGACAAAGGGGGAAUCCCGUCUUGACCAGCAUUCGGUCGAUGCCAUGGGAGUACAGCGAUAUCCCGGCUGACUUUGUCUUGGGGCUGGGGACUUGUGCUCUAUUUCUAAGUCUCAAAUAUCAUCGCCUCCAUCCCGAAUACAUCUACACACGAAUCCGCAACCUCCAAGGCAAAUACAACCUCCGCGUCCUCCUCACCAUGGUCGACAUUCCAAACCACGAAGCCAACCUAAAAGAGCUCUCCAAGACAUCUCUCGUCAACAACGUCACCCUUAUUCUGUGCUGGUCCGCCGCCGAGGCCGCACGCUACCUCGAACUAUACAAGAGCUACGAGAAUGCCAGCUUUGGCGCCAUUCGUGGCCAACAACCCUCAAGCUACGGCGAAAAGCUGGUGGAAUUCGUCACCGUCCCGAGGAGUCUGAACAAGUCGGAUGCGGUCGCUCUCGUGAGCAAUUUUGGAAGCCUGAAGAACGCCGUCAACGCGGAUGCCGAGCAGCUCGGCAUGCUCAAUGGCUGGGGCGGCAUCAAGGUCAAGAGAUGGACAUCAGCAGUCGGAGAUCCCUUCAGAGUCAAGAAGGCAGCUAAAAGGGGUGCGAAAGCUACACAGCGCUUAUCAAAACUAGACCAGGCUGAUGAUGAGGAGGCGAUGCUUGCGGCUGCUAUUGAGGCGUCUAAGAAGACAGCUCAAUCAGAUGAGGCUAAGCGAGCGAGUCAAGCAGAUAAGGAUGACCAGCUUGAUGGAGGUGUUGCUGCUGCAUUGGCGAGGCUACGGGAGAGCGGCUGA